AUGGAAGUACGGUCUGGAGAAAAAGGCUGGCGAGCUCAGAGAGAGCAACCUGGAAGCCUCUGUGGAUUUCUUAUAGCUGAACGUAAACUCACAGACUAUAACAAGUAUGAACCAUGUAACGGUUGCCAGAGAGGGCUCUUCACUAGAGGUGUUAGCCGGUGGGGAGGAGUACAGGGCAUGGAGGUGGAAAGGGUUUGUGGUACAAGGGUUGGGCCCUGGUCCCUGGGGAGUGAGGCGGUGGGCAGGAGUAAGUCCCUUGUCUCUCCAGGAGAAUCCAAAGAACGCGGCCCUAUCCGUUCGGGGUCUGACUUUGAGCAGAAGCAGACAGCUGUUUUCGGGGAUGUCGGAGGUCCCCCAUUCAUGGAGCGCAUGGAGUUACUGGAAGAAGCCAGGAAGAUGGAAAUGGCAAAGUUUCGCUACAUCCUUCCUGUUUACGGCAUCUGUAAAGAGCCGGUUGGCUUGGUCAUGGAAUACAUGGAAACAGGGUCUCUGGAAAAGCUCCUGGCUUCCGAACCUCUGCCCUGGGAAUUGCGCUUCCGCAUCAUCCAUGAGACAGCUGUGGGGAUGAAUUUCCUGCACUGCAUGUCCCCUCCACUGCUCCACCUGGACCUCAAGCCUGCAAACAUCCUGCUUGAUGCCCACUACCAUGUCAAGAUUUCUGACUUUGGACUUGCAAAGUGCAAUGGCUUGUCCCAUUCCCAUGACAUCAGCAUGGACGGCUUGUGUGGCACAAUUGCAUACCUUCCUCCAGAGCGCAUCAAAGAGAAAAACAGGUGUUUUGACACCAAACAUGAUGUGUACAGCUUUUCCAUCGUGGUUUGGGGAGUUCUUACACAGAAGAAGCCUUUUGCAGAGGAAAACAACAUUUUACAUAUUAUGGUAAAAGUAGUUAAAGGCCACCGCCCAGAGCUACCUGCUGUUUCCAAAUCCAGACCUCACUCAUGUAAUAACUUGAUCAAACUGAUGCAAAAAUGUUGGCAAGAUGAUCCUGGUGAACGGCCAACAUUUCAAGAAAUCACUUCAGAAACAGAGGCCCUUUGUGAAAAACCAGAAGAUGAAACAAAAGACAUGAUAGCUCAGGACCUGGACACCAAGAAUUCCCCAGAGCAGCAGCCUGAGGGGAUGUCUGCAUUAUCCCAGCCAAAACAGGAGCCUGCUCUACCAUCAGUUAAGGAUUACAGUCUCUCAGAGUUGUUGUCCCAGCUGGAUUCGGGGAUUUCACAGACUAUGGAAGGUCCCGAGGAUCUCAGCCGCAGCUCUUCUGAGUCCAAACUUGCCUCCAGUGACAAGCGGCUUUCAGGGGUUUCAUCUGUAGAUUCAGCUUUUUCAUCCAGAGGCUCCCUUUCCCUUUCCUUUGAAAGGGAGAGUUCAGAUAUUGGUACUACAGACAUACAGAAGAGGAAGCUAACGGAGGCCAUUUUAUCUGGAGAUACCAGCAAGCUGAUGAAGAUCCUCCAGCCUCAAGAUGUUGAUAUUGUUUUAGAUGGGAACUCCAGUCUCUUGCACUUGGCCGUUGAAGCUGGUCAAGAAGAAUGUGUCAAAUGGCUCCUUCUGUACAAUGCUAACCCUAACCUCACCAACAAGAAAGGAUCCACCCCUCUUCACAUAGCCAUUGAGAAGAAAGUUAAAAGCAUUGUGGAGCUGAUUAUGGCUAGGAAAAUCAAUGUUAAUGCCAAAGAUGAAGAUCAGUGGACUGCUCUUCACUUUGCUGCCCAAAAUGGGGAUGAUUUCAGCACCAAAAUGCUGCUUGAUAAGAAUGCAUCCUUAAAUGAGGUAGAUUUUGAAGGCAGAGCCCCCAUCCACGUAGCCUGUCAGUAUGGCCAAGAGAAUAUUGUGCGGAUCCUGCUGAGAAGAGGCGUUAAUGUGAACAUCAAAGGAAAGGAUGACUGGGUGCCACUGCACUAUGCUGCCUGGCAAGGUCAUCUCCCCAUUGUAAAGCUGCUGGCCAAACAGCGGGGUGCAAACGUGAAUGUGCAGACCAUGGAUGGAAGGACCUCGCUACACUUGGCCGCUCAACGAGGGCACUACCGUGUCGCUCGCCUUCUCAUAGACCUGGAGUCGGAUGUCAACAUACAGAACGCGCUGUUGCAGACUGCUCUUCACAUAGCUGCUGAAACUGGCCACACAAGCACGUCGAGGCUGCUCCUUAAACAUGGUGCAGACAUUGAGGCAGCAACAGCAGAAGGAUACACCGCUCUGCACUUGGCAUCUCGCAGCGGCCAUUUAGCAACAACGAAGUUGCUGAUAGAUGAAAGGGCCAGCGUUCUAGCCAGAGGCCCUUUAAGUAGGACAGCGUUACAUCUUGCUGCAGAAAAUGGGCACUCUGAAGUAGUAGAAGAACUUGUCAGUUCAGAAAAUAUCAAUGUUUCUGACAGUGAAGGGUUGACAGCUCUUCAUCUGGCUGCACAAGGAGGGCACGCAAAAACAGUUGAGGUUCUUCUGAAGCAUGGGGCGUACACUGACAUGCAAAGACCCACAUGUCAGACCCUGCUACAGCUUGCUCAGCAGAGCAGUAAUAGCUCGGUUACCGUGUUGUUAAGUGAGACUUAAGCAAAAGGUACAGAACUUGCUACCUUUCUACCUGGUGCGAGAAGGCUGCUGGAGCUUGACUCAUGAGGGCCUUCUCCAGUGGUGCAGUGACCCGCUUAUCAGCGGUGUCAGCUGAUGGACUGAGGCGCAACCAGCAGAAGCUACUUGUGUUUGAGUGUGCGAGUGAGAGCACACAUGGACGAAGGCCAGAUGUAAGGCUAAGAGCUGGAGUCUGCCAUGCCGUGGUCUGUAUCAGUCACGCUGCGUGUGCCUGCCCUGUCUGUAUAUUGAC